AUGGCCUGGACUCCUCUGCUCCUGGCGCUCCUCUCUCUCUGCACAGGGUCCCUCUCCCAGCCUGUGCUGACCCAGCCGCCCUCCCUCUCUGCCUCUCCGGGAGCCACAGCCAGACUCACCUGCACCCUGAGCAGCGGCUACAAUGUUGGUGAUUACUGGAUAUACUGGUACCAGCAGAAGCCAGGGAGCCCUCCCCGGUAUCUCCUGUAUUACUACUCAGACUCAGAUAAGGACCAGGGCUCCGGGGUCCCCAGCCGCUUCUCUGGAUCCAAAGACGCCUCGGCCAAUGCGGGGCUCCUGACCAUCUCGGGGCUGCAGCCUGAGGACGAGGCUCACUAUUACUGCGCUACAGCUCAUGGUAGUGGGAGCAGCUUUCGUUACCCACAGUGCCUCAGAGGACGAGGAAGUGAGACCAAAACCCCUGGCCCAGAGGGGAUGA